AUGCUGUUUGCUCUUCUUCUUCUAGCGCUCAUCUGCUCAACAACAGUAAAUGCAGGACAACCUCGGAGAAACAGCACUGAAAAAGGACAUCCUCCGAUGGGAAGACAGAGGGGAGCAGGUGGUCCGAAUGGGCAAAACGCUCCACCAAUGGGAGGACAAGGUGGGCCAGGCCGUGGACCAAGAGGCGGAGCCGGUCAGCAAUCUCAGAAGCAGUGA